AUGGCCCAAACUCAGUCAUUUUCAUUAUCAAGCUACGCUCGACAAAUCGUGGGCAAACCAGCACGCGUUAGGGCAAACUUUUAUCCGGUGGAAAUGCUGCCAUCUUUGAAUAUUCAUCAUUAUGAUGUUUCUAUCACGCCCGACAUUUUCCCGAAAAUCAACCGACUAGUGUACGAUACUUUUGUUCGAAUCCACGGCGCGGUGGUUUUUGGAAAAAUUAAACCUGUUUAUGAUGGCCGCAAGAAUUUAUUUGCAACAAAUAAACUGCCUUUGCAAGAUUCCUGUGUACAUUCUGUAACUUUACCCGAGGAAAACGGCGGUAUCCAAAGAGCGAAACGUCCCCUUCGCACCUUUAAAAUUCAGAUCAAAAGAACCAGCCUGAUUUUAAUGAAAGAGCUACACGAUUUCUUGCAUGGUGAAAGUCAGAUAACUCCUACUUGCUUAACCGCUAUUAUGGCAUUGGAUAUCUUGAUCAGACACAAGCCAUCUAUGACUUAUGCUACUGUCGGCCGUUCGUUUUAUACAUCGGAUGGCUCACAACAUUUGUAUGGCGGAGUCGAAGUAUGGCAAGGAUAUUAUCAAUCUGCUCGACCAACCGCAGGAAAAAUGAUGAUAAACGUCGAUGUGAGCGCUACUGCUUUCUAUGAAGGUGGUCCGUUGGUUCCAAUUGUUGCUAAGGUAUUGGGAAAGAGGUCACCCGACGAUCUUCGAAGAGGGAUUGGCGAACAUGAUAGAGUCAAACUUGAAAAGUUCCUAAAGAACUUGAAAAUUCGAGUUAAUCAUCGUGGUGGCGCGGUCGCUCAUAGUCGAAUCCGAAUCAAUAGAUUGACUGAAAAAUCCGCCAACCAAAUCGUGUUUCAAAUAAACAAUGAACCUGUUGAUGUAGUGACUUAUUUCCUGAGAGCUUACAAUAUUCGUCUUGCGUACCCAUUUUUGCCGUGUGUAAUAGUCGGACGAGAUAUAUUUUUGCCAAUGGAAGUUUGUAGCGUUAUUGAGGGGCAGCGAUAUUUAAGGAAACUUAAUGAAAAACAAACGGCAGAUAUGAUCAAAUCUACUUGUCAACCGCCUCACAUCAGAGCAAACAAAAUCAAUGCCGGCUUGAAGAUUUUGAAAUAUCGUGAAAACGAAUACUUGAAAGAAUUCGGAAUGAAAAUUGGACUCGAAAUGGUUCAGCCACCAGCAAGAAUUCUCCCACCUCCUACCAUAAACUACCACCCUUCUUCUCGUAAUCCCUCUUUUCAGCCGCAAGAUGGUGUAUGGAAUCUUCGCGGCAAAAAGGUUGCCAAAGGAGCUACUCUUGGUUCAUGGGCUGUCAUUGUAUUCGCAUCAGAUCAGGAAUUUCCUAUUCAGUCGGUCAGACAUUUCGUGCGAGAACUUACCAUUACAUGUGUCGAUACUGGAAUGAAUGUUCCUGGCAAAAACCCACCAAUCUCGUAUGCUAAUCCCCAAGCCAACAUAACCGAAAUUAUGCAACAAGCAUGGGUAAACGCAGGAAACGCAGCCAAAGCGCAACCUCAAUUACUUUUAUGCAUCCUUCCAAAUAACGGGGUAACGCUCUAUGCCGAGAUCAAGCGCAUCGGGGAUACAACGAUUGGUGUCGCUACUCAGUGUUGCCAAAGUAAACAUUUAUUCACAGCCAAGAAACAGUAUUGUGCCAACAUUUGUAUCAAGAUUAAUGUCAAGUUGGGAGGAAUGAAUUCGUUCUUGACACCCGUUGACAUUGGAUUCAUCUCAGAAAGACCGACAAUUAUUAUAGGUGCUGAUGUGUCGCAUCCUGGUCCAGGUGAGAAAAAGGCUUCGAUCACUUCUGUUUGUGGCACUAUGGAUUCCAAAGCUUCGCGAUAUUCCGCAGUUACAAGAAUGCAAAACGCUUGCGCUGAGAUCAUUGCAGAUCUCAAAAAUAUGGUUAGAGAACUGCUAAAGAUUUUCUACCAGACUUGUGGAAACAAACCAGAAAGGAUUCUUUUCUAUCGCGACGGUGUCUCGGAAGGACAAUUCAGUGCAGUCUUGAAAAACGAACUGAAAGGAAUUCAAGGUGUGGUUUUAAUAUGGAAAAUCAUUAAUCCUUUACGAAAAACGGUACUAAUGUUUUUAUCCCAUAAUAUUCCCCCAAUAACAAUAGAAGCCUGUAACUCUUUAGACGAAUCCUACAAUCCAACAAUAACUUUCGUGGUAGUCCAAAAAAGACAUCACACACGAUUCUUCCCGGUAACGGAAAACGAUGCAGAUCGCACUGGCAAUUGCCGAACUGGAACUGUAGUCGACACGAUGAUCACACGUCCUGAUGAAUAUAAUUUCUGCAAGUAUCGAUUUAAAGAUCUUCAAAGCCAAGCGGGCUUACAAGGAACUUGUCGUCCUUGUCAUUAUCAAGUAUUACAUGAUGAAAAUGCACUAGGUCCAGACCACUUGCAAUCGCUUUCUUAUAAUUUAUGUUAUCUUUACGCGCGAUGCACCAGAUCAGUAUCAGUGGUACCGCCUGUAUACUACGCACACUUAGCCUGCCUACGGACACGCUUCCAUAUGCAUGGUAUUAAUGACAUUUUCGUCGAAACCUCUUCCACUGAAACCGAAGGAAUUCAAAAAAAUCUUUUUAUCGCUGUAAAACCUGAACUUCAAAGGGUCAUGUAUUUCAUGUAA